CAGAAGACAAAUUACAACUCAACUCAGAAUAUUGUCAAAAUUCUCGGCAGUCCGUCGUGCAUGGUUCGUGUUAAUGGUGUUCUAGGGGUCUAGAAUUAAAAAUGGGUAUUGAUAUAAACCACAAAUAUGAUCGGAAAGUUGCCCGACGGGCACCAAAGAGCGAAGAUAUUUAUCUUCGUUUAUUAGUUAAAUUGUACCGAUUCCUUGCAAGACGUACAGGAUCCAAAUUUAAUAAGAUAGUGUUAAAACGUCUGUUUAUGAGCAAGAUUAAUCGACCACCAUUGUCUUUGGCAAGAUUAGUUAAAAUGUUGAAGAAACCUGGUAAUGAAAAUAAGACUGCUGUUGUUGUUGGUACAGUAACGGAUGAUUUAAGAUUAUACGAGGUUCCAAAAAUUACGUUAUGUGCUUUGAGAAUUACUGAAAGGGCUAGAGCUCGCAUUUUGAAGGCAGGAGGUACCAUCAUUACUUUCGAUCAGUUGGCAUUGCAGUCACCACGUGGGAAGAAAACUCUGAUCAUUCAAGGUCGUAGGAAGGCAAGAGAGGCCUGCAGGCACUUUGGAAAAGCACCUGGUGUACCACACAGUCAUACUAAGCCAUACGUCAGAUCAAAGGGACGUAAAUUUGAGAGAGCCAGAGGUCGUAGGAAGAGCCGUGGUUUCAAGGUUUAAAUUUCUUGGACUGAGAAUACAAAAUAAAAAUUGCUGUAUAACAAUUGUGUUCUUAUUUAUAUAAAAUUCCUGAAACAUU